CGUUUGUUUCCCGCCGACGCUUGUUCCCGCACGGUCUGUUUUCACAGCAGGACACGAGUGCAAAUCAAAGAUGUCUGGACUGUCAGAGACGGAGCGGCUCGGCUGCACAGAGAUACUGAAGCUCCUGUCCAAGAGCGACCUGCUGUCACUCAGUGACACUGUGACCUUUAAGGUGAUAGUUGUGGAAAAUGCCACAGAGGCCACGGAAACGAUCCUGUCCUUCAGUAAAAACGCAGAAGAGCUCCUGAGAAGGAAGAAAGUUCAACGGGACCUAAUUUUUAAGUAUCUGGCCAAUGAGGGGGUGGCGAUGGCCCCCAACAGUGAGAAACACCAGCUGGUGAAGAGGACGCUGGAGCUUUGGAAGGCCGUGGUUGAUAAAAGACCUCAAGGAGAGACAGAUGAGACAACAUCUGAUGACCUGAGCUUGAAGGCUAAGGUGGGUUUUGACCCUCAGCUCCUCGGCCAGCAGUUCUGCCAGUGGUUCUUCCAGCUCCUGAACAGCCAGAACCCCUCACUGGGUCAGCCGCCUCAGGACUGGGGGCCGCAGCACUUCUGGCCAGAUGUGAAGCUGCGUCUCCUCGCCAGAGCGGGCAGUGUACAGAUGGAGGAGUUCCUGGGUGCUGAACUGGUUAGCCUCCGUCUCCUAGCCUUGACCAAGGAAGAGCGCCUUCUCCUCAGCCCCAACAUGGAGCCCAAUGGCCUCAGGACACUUGCCUCCCCCCAUGGCAUGGUGCUGGUGGCCGUGGCCGGGACCAUCCACAGAGGCUCAGCCUGCCUGGGCAUCUUCGAGCAAAUAUUUGGCCUCAUCUGCUCCCCGCUGGAAAAAAACAAGUGGAAGAUCAAGUUUGUCAACCUGAAAAUCAGAGGGCAGGAUGCUCUUGGCGGGACGGAGGCCACAGCGCCUGCUUUGACUUACAACUCCAGUGAACUGCAGCUCCUCUGCACUUGAUGACGCUCUUACUCGCCACUUGUCUAAAUUGCCCAAACACAGAAAACCAAGCUUUUGUUUAUAGAGACUUAAACAAGCUACUGGUAGAAACCGCUCUCUUUACGUAUAUAUACCAUUCAGGUCAGGUUGUACAGGUACAGGUAGGUACAGGGGGACACUGGUGCAUUUUUGCUUUGAUGCAAAGCGUAUUGUGCUUUGUUGGCCUGUGGCUCUCAUUGAACUAUGUUCUUUGAUUUUGUUUCCGACUUUUAAAAUUCCUUUUUCAUUUAUCUUCACAGUUCCACAGACAGAAUGGUUUUCCUCUUCAUCAUGCCCUGUUAGAAUCAUCAUAAUUAUCAUCAGCAAUAUGAGGGUGAUUUGAGUAUUGCAUGUUGCUAAAUCACUCUUAUGUUUUGGUAUUGCCAUUAUUGCAGGGGGAAAUAUUGUGAUUACCUGCAGUAACGUCUGUAUCACUAUGCAGCAACUUUUUACAUUUUAAUGGCAUGGUAAACGGCUGUGGGGGAAAUGUUUGGUCUGGUACCUCUGCCAAGAGGGUUAUUCUUUUGUCCAUGUUUGUUCAUUAGGAGGAUUAAGCAAAAAAUAUAUUAUUUUCUUACUUUGUGAGAUGGGGCAUUUUGCAAUAUUUUCAUUGAUUUCUCAGGGAACGCUUCAUGGAUCAUGAUGAAAAAUUUGGAAAACGUAUAUUUAUGAGCGUUUGUAAUUCGGUGCAGAUCCAAAUAUAAAGCCGGACCUUGUGAAUUUAAAUGUGGUUCCAUAAGGGGACUGCUGGGCCGUAGCAGAGGGACGCAUUCUACUGAGUGGGUCAAAGUGUAAUUGGCCACAAAUUGUAAAUGUGCCUGAUGGAAGUUUUCUUCAGCCUCAUCCAAACAGAAUUAGCAUUACUUAGAAUUUCAUGACUUAUGAAUGCAGUGGAGUCUAAUGGCUCCUCACAGUUCAACUGAUGCUCCAGUUGAAGCGCCUGAAGAAAAUCACUAUAAUCAAGAAGAACAGAUACAUUUUUCUUCACCAAGUUCGAAAUGAGCUCAAAGCUUUUGCAAAGAUCCAACAUUUGUUGCACUGUGUUGAUGUAAUUUUUUAUGGUUUCAAAAGUCACAAUAUAUAAACUGUCGGGUUGAAUUAGGUCAUUAUCACAGGGUCCUCUUGAUCAGGAGCCCAGUCGCUGUCUGUGGUUUUCAGAAUGUAAGAAUAGAUAAGGACGUAGUUUCUUAAGGUCAAAUCUGAUAGCUGCGAUUUUGUCUGUCGUCAGUAUUCAUAUAUUUGAUCAUUUCCAUACUCCUCAGACUGGUUUGAUUGCUCGUGUAAUUAUAGACUGGCAGCCUCUAACACCAGACUCAAAUUAUUUCAGACAUCUUUUAUAAAAAUAAACGCAUUCAGUAGCUGUGGUUACGAAGAAAAUGAACAUUAUAUCAGACUUGACAAUCUGAUUUUUAUUAUUUUUUCGAAUCCCUAAAAUCCUAUAUGACGUGCACACCACACGUACGUGUACAACUCCACGAGUUUGGCCUUAAACUGGAAAGAGGCAGGUCUUCUCUCCCCAGUGCAUUCCAGAGAGCUCAGUGCAGUCCAGGAGGUCCACCCUCACGAGCCAGGAGCCAGCCUCUUCAUCAUUAACCUCAGCUUAAUGGAAAAAGCUGACCACCAACCAAUGAGAAGCCUUGACUGACUCCUUUAGUUUUCGAAAAAAUAAAAGCAUUCCAAAAGCA